AUGAUCGCUAAAGGACAUCAUGCAUUAAGAAUGGUCGAAGAAACAGAAUUUAAAGAGCUAAUUAAAAUGGUAUCUCAUUGUCCAAAUUAUCAAUUACCGUCUAGGAAAAAAUUAUCUGAAAAUUUGCUUGUAAAAACCCACCAGCAAAUAGCCGAAGAAUUACAAAUAAAAAUAAAUAACGCACAAGCCGUGUGCCUUACUACUGAUGCAUGGACAUCCCGUGCUAAUGAAAGUUACAUUGCUGUAACAGCUCAUAUUGAUGAACACUCAAAGCUUUGUUCUUCUACGUUAGGCUGCAUCCAAUAUAAUGAAAGGCAUAGUGCUGAAAACAUGUUUAAUUUCCUCAAAAACAUAAUGAAAGAAUGGCAAAUUUCUCAUAAAAUAGCUGCUGUUGUAAGUGAUAAUGCGCCAAAUAUAUUAUUAACUGUUAAAAUGGGCAAUUGGACAUCGGUUGGGUGCUUUGCACAUUCAUUAAAUUUGGUUGUUCAGAAAUCAAAACGGACAAUAUUAGAUACUCUUGCAAAGGUGAAAUCCAUUGUAGAGUAUUUUAAAAGAAGCACUCAGGGACUACGUAAGUUACAAGAUGCCCAAAGACAAAUGAAGUUACCACUUCUAAAAUUGAAGCAAGAGGUUUCAACUCGUUGGAAUUCUUCAUUUGAAAUGUUAGAUCGCAUACUUAAAAUAAAAGAUGCUAUUAUCACAACUACAGCCCUUUUGCGGAACGACCUUUCCAUGCAACAGGACGAUUGGGACAUUAUAGAAGAGGUAAUACCGCUUCUGCAGCCAUUUUAUGAAGUAACAACAGAACUUUCAAAAACUUCUUCAGACAAUCCAAAAGUAGACGCAUUAUUAGAUGUUUUAAAAGAGGAAAUGAGAAGUCGAUUUCAAAAUAUAGAAAAUAAUGAAGUAUAUGCAGAGUGUACUAUUUUGGAUCCAAGGUUUAGAAAUCGAGGUUUUACAAAUGUCGAAUCUUAUGAGAAGGCAUUACAGGGACUUCGAAAUAAACUAGCUGUUGUAUCAUUGCCGGAAGUCAAUCAAGAAAAUGAUCCAAACAUUACAAACAUAAAUGUUACAGUAAGUGAAGACAGAAGCCAGCAGAAAAGCAUUUGGGAUGACUAUGAUGAAGAAACAAUAAAAAUCAUUAGACCAGAAAAUAAACAAAUGGCUGGCAUUAUAGAGUUGGACAAAUAUUUAACCGAGGACUAUCUAGAUAGAAAGAAUGAUCCACUAGAAUGGUGGGAUCAGAGAAAAAAGAUUUAUCCAAAUUUAUAUUCUUUAAUUUUAAAUCGAUUUUGUGUCGUCGCAACUUCUGUGCCGUGUGAACGCAUUUUUUCUGGCACAGGUCAAAUAUUAAAUGACCGUAGAACUCUUUUAAAGUCUGCUAAAGUGUCGAAAUUAAUAUUCUUACAUACAAAUAUGUAA